AUGAGUUCAAGUUCUAAGAAGAGACGUGUUUCAAGAAUAGAAUCGUCAGACGAAGAUCUUCCAACAUCUACAACUCCUAAAAAUCCUAAAAUUGAAGAAGUCGAUGACACGAACUGUAGGAAAUCAUCACGAAUAAAACAACGGCAAAAUAAAGUUUUUCAGAAGCCAACCCGAGAUGAGAUUUGGAAUAAAAUACCAUCAUCAUCUGAAAAAGAUUUAUCCAAAAUAAACCCCACCAAAAGAAUCAACAAUUUCACAAAAGUAUUUUCGCGUUAUAAUGCCGAAAGUUAUGAUUUAUUUAAUGAUGAUUUUAUCAAUGAUGAAGAGGAAAUUGAUUUUGAUUCCACGUCCAUUUCUACAGACAGUGAGGAAGAGGAACAAAUGGAGAGGAAAAGGGCGAGAAAGAAAAAUAAAAUAAAAAAUCGCAGAAAAAGGUUGAAAUUUGAGUCUUCCUCCUCAGAUGAGGGUGUUGAUGUUGAUAUAGAGGAUCUAAAAGACUCUUAUGAAACCACGAUCAAUACCAAUACUGGGGAAUCAAAUGAUAAAGUUUCUUCGCAGAAUCAAGAUAUGGGAAGUAAUCCUGCUUUUGAGGAAGAUAACUCUUCUCAGACAAAAUUGAAGGCAGAUAAUUUUGAUAUUAAGGGAGGCAACUCUUCACUGACGAAAUUAAAGGUAGAUAAUCUUACAAAUAAAAGUGUCAUUGAAAACAAGGGAGGUAAUGCCAAUGUUAAGGGAGACGACUCUUCACUGACAAAAUCAAAGGGAGAUAAUAUGAGGAAUGAAAGUGACAGUGAAAACAAGGGAGAUAAACCACAGAUUGACAAUGAAGACAGUGAUGAUGAAUCCCAAAUAUUGUUCAGUCAUUCAAAAAAUAAGAAUAUUUUAAAGAGUGACAGCGAAAGUGAUAACAAUAAUGAACAAGAGGACAACAGCGAGGAGAAUUCUGAGGAAUGUGAGAGCGAUUCAGAGACUGACAAUUUAUCACGAACAGAAAAACAAUUAGCAGAAAAACAAAGUAGAUUUCAGCAUUUUAAAGAAGCUCAAGCAAAGUUUAAAGAGAAACAGAGACGUUUAAAUAUGACCGAAACUGUCAAGGUCAAAACAGAAAUAACUUAAAUUUUUGGUGAUGUAUUUGUAGUUAACCAAUGAACAAAAUAUCUCCAUUAUAGUCAAUAUCUCUACACAAACAUAGUUCUUAUUAUGCCAUGUGUUUAAAAAAUUUAUAUGCAUAAUUUCACACGAGGAAUCGCCACACCUUUUUUUUUAGACAAAGAAUCAAGAAAUUUGAUAGUGCUUGUAAUGAAUUGUUUGUUGUUGUUAUGGAAUUUGUUUUACCAUUUGUUAUUGUUGUGUAUUUUAUAUUGUUAGUCAUGCUUUUUAGUUUUAUAUUUUUUAUAGAACAAUGUUACUUAAAGUUCCUUAAAGUUCACAUGUAAUUUUGUCUUAUUACUGCAUGUUUAUUACGUUUAUUAUCGUCUGUUUCUUAUUAGCCCAAUAAGGUGCAGAACAAUAGGAUGAUAAAACAUUAAUAGUAUGUACAGAACUGUACUAUUAGAUAAAGAAACAUAUCAUAAAUAAACUAUUUAUAAAUUU